AUGAAGGAAGGCAGACGUGCGAUUCUGAGCUCGCGAGUUAUUGGACUUGUACUUAUUUUGUGUCUUGUUCAUACCUUGAGGAAAGAUAAACAAGAUUAUUCUUUUACCAGCGAGUACUUUGGUCUAUGUUUCCCGCAUUCCUCGUCGGUUAAAGAGGUAAACUGGGAUACGAGACACUGUACAAAAUGGCGGACACACGUGCAUGUCAUUAUCAGUAUGAGAGUGAAACGAGCAAGCGCUACUACAGCCUACUACGCCAACUCAACCUCUACCUUUAGACCUGUUAUACAACUGCUACAUGACGUGGAACUUAACCCUGGACCUGCAAACUGCUCUAGUGGAGACAAGUCAGAAAAGUCAAAUGGCAAUGUUAAAAUCGCACAUCUUAAUGUUCGCUCGCUCAAAUGCCGUGAGCAUUUCGUUCUUGUAAAGAAUGCGGUACUGGAAAAUAAGUUUGAUAUAUUUACCGUAUCCGAAACAUGGCUCAACAGUUCAGUUACGGAUUUGGAGAUAGAAAUCCCUGGCUAUGUUAUCUACCGAAUCGACCGACAGGCGAGGGUUGGCGGUGGAGUAUGUGCUUAUGUCUCACGAAAUUACAGGACGGACUACUUGAGUGACAUUUCUCUUAUCACGGCCUCUGGCUUCCAUCAACUGUGGCUAAAAAUCCACGUCAGAAACAUGAAGUCCUUCCUUGUCUGUACAACCUAUAGACCACCGGACACUUCUUUAUCUUGUUUCGAUUCAGAUCUUACGGAGAACUUUAUUUAUGCCUCGUCGUUUAAUGUUCCAAUUUAUCUAUUAGGUGAUUUGAACUGCAGACUUGAGAAUAGCGACGAUCCUGGAGCUAAAGCCCUUGUUAACUUUUGCCGUUCCUAUAACUUGUCAAUAUUGAUCAACACACCAACACGAGUUACAGAGACUUCGAAAUCAAUUUUAGAUGUUAUCCUUGCAUCGGAUACAAGACAAGUCCAAACGGCUACAGUUAUGGAAAGCUCGAUCAGCGACCAUGAGCUAAUUUAUGUCACCUUAAGAUUGAAGAAGGCGCGCUCCAAACCCAUUUAUAUUACUACCAGAAGUUUUAAACACUACAGUCCUAUUGAUUUCAGCAACGACGUAUCAUUGGCACCGUGGUCCAUAGUCGAUGUUUUCGACGAUGUCGAGGAUAAAAUUUAUGCAUUUGAUUCGCUGUUUACUGAGAUACUCGACCGUCAUGCUCCAGUUAAAACCUUUUUAAGCACGCUGUAA